AUGGAUGAUGUCGGUGGGAGUACUCAAUGGCUUAAGUUCUGCGAGGUGUCAAUCAGCCAAAACAGCUUGGAGACGAUAUGGUUUCUCGGAAUUCUCUAUUACGUUGAGGCUUGCCACAUGUGCAAUAAGAACUGGUGUGCCGGACCGUACAUGCAGCACGACACCUACGUUGAAGUUGAUCAUCUGAAAGGACCUUCCUUGGCAGAUGCGCCUGAGGGCUGCGGCGUGAUCACCUCCGAUACCAGGAUGGCCCGCAACCCCGAGACAGGAGCAAUCUACGCCCUGGUUCCUUUCAUGUCGAAAACUUCAAGCCCAUGUGAUUGCACGACGGAGUGGAUGAGCGGACAUGUUCAUGUGGUCUUCAAUGGUUGUGCGGAUCACAGCCAUGAUGGGCAAAUUUGGUGCUACGUUGUCGGAGGAAGGAAAUGCUCGCAGGCAACAGAGUCUUCUUGGUUUCCUGGCGCAUAUUUUCUUACUGGGUGCACGCCUUCCACUCAGUCCACUCCAAAACAGGUACUUGGCCGCCCAUUAACGCUGAACGGCAAGACCUUGCUGGCUACUGCCACUGCAACGCGUGAGUUCAAGGAUUUGGCUGAUGGGUGGGGAUUCCCCGCCAGUAACUUGGGUCACCCAAUGCUGUCAGCAGUGAGCGGCAGAGCUGCGCAUAUGCCUCAGGAAUUGCUGGAGGAAGCCCUGCGUGGCUUUGGCACCGGAAAUCCAUUCCCAGAGGCAACCGGCACUCUGGCGAUGGAAUCGCAACUCCCGCACAUGCUUGCUGUGGCACAAGCGGAGCUUGCCAGUGCGGGUCCUGAGGAGCGUGAGCAUUGGAAGGAAGCGGGCUUGGCAGAGCAUGCGUCAGUUGGUUCCUUUGCGAAGCUUUGCUUGGAGUUGCUUGUUGCAGGAGCACCGCCAAGGUUGUUGCGCCGCGCCAUCAAGGCACAGGAGGAGGAACUUGUGCAUGCUCAUCUGUCUCUGGGCCUUUUGCGUGGUGCACACCAUGAACUCCAAUCGCCCACUGUCUUCAAAAGCUUGAGGGUCGACCUCGCCAAUGCUACCCAGACAGAUGGCCAUGGUGGCUUUGCCAUCGAACGCUUGGACCUCCCAGAACACAGCUUUGAAGUACGGCGUGACUUUGUUGCGCUCCGAAAUGCCGCCAUCGAGGAGGGUCUCAUCGGCGAGGGCCGUGCGGCGCUUCGGCUCUUCCAGCGCUCUCUUGAAACUCUGCAUGGCCAGAGCGAGGGUCAGCUGGAUGGCCGCGAGGUGUUGUCGGAAGGCCGCCGGGCUCUUGCGAAGAUCGUUUGGGCGAUUGCGAACGAUGAGGCGCGCCACGCCGCAUUGGCCAUGGAGACCAUUGAGUGGCUUUCGGGGAGAGACAGCAGACCACAGGCACAGCUGCCCAAAGUGCAGAUCAGCUCAGGGACUGUGGUCGUGCAGGAGGUUGCAUAA